ACUUUUUUGUUUACUGCUCAUUUAAUUUUUUAAUAUAAUUUUACUUUUAAAUAUCAAUAACGGAUAUACUUACUAACUGUUCUUAUAGUGCUGUAUGAUAAGGCUAAAUGAUAAUAAUUUGUACUCUUUCAAUUCCUUAGUUGUACUUGUUGUCUGCAAGGUUCAAUAGAUUUUAUUAUUGAGCGUGCUCGUGACAUCAUCAACCCGCGUCAAGGUUUUCUUGUUAUCAUCCUACUUGUUAUCUCGAAUAUUUGCCUGGAUAAAACAAAUGUCAACAGAGCCUCCAGCAGUGAAUGAGGUCUAGAGUUGUUUUGGAGCAGCCCUCCAUCUGGAGCCAAGAUGGGCCAGCAGUUUUCUGGCCAGGCAGUGACCAGACUCCCUGAGAAACUGAUCAAACAUGUGGGGCUAGUGCGUGACAGUGGCUACCUCACCUAUGAUGAGUUCUUGGGUCGUGUGGCAGAGCUCAACGAUGUAACUGCUAAACUAGCCUCUGGCCAAAAGAAACAUCUUUUGUUUGAAGUACAGCCGGGAUCUGAUGCAACAGCGUUAUGGAAGGUUGCUGUGAGAAUAGUGUGCACCAAGAUUAACAAGGAGGAUGGAACGGUGGAGGCCUCCCGUAUUAUGAAUCUGUACCAGUUUAUCCACCUCUACAAAGACAUCACCAGUCAGGCAGCUGAAGUAUUUUGUUCAGAGGCUGCAGCAGAGGGAUCAUCUGGACCGCUGUCAUCAGAAGACACCUGCCAGGCCAGCAUGUGGAUGGGCAGGGUGAAACAGUUGACUGAUGAGGAAGAAUGCUGUAUCUGCAUGGAUGGGAAAGCAGACCUUAUUCUGCCCUGUGCACACAGCUUCUGUCAGAAGUGCAUUGACAAGUGGUAAGAAUCUGUGAUUCAUU